UUUAAAAUUCUACAUGUCAAUUAUUUAUUAAAGUGUCAGCUGAUAAAAAAAAAUAUUUUUUUAUUUAAAUCCAGCGUUGAUUUGUUUAAUCGAGUGUUAAUUUAAUGGGCCGAGAUUUUAUUAAUAAAAAUAAUGAACUCAAACGAAUCGAGCAACAAAGAAGCUGGUGAAGUUGAAAUAGAAUUGGAAGAGUCAAAUGGUACUGACAAUGUCAUGUCCGAUGAAAAAAAUUGCAAGGCUAAAAUCCAAAAUGGCAUUUUGCCUAAUGGGACACCAUCGAAAAUGGAAACCGACAACGAAACAAUUCCAUAUAAAUACACAAGUACAAAUCCUCCACUUUCAAUUAACAGUAACUCGAAUUUACAACCAAAUCUAUCAGUAUGUAUGAACGGUUGUCAGUCAGUGGCAAUGACAACUGAAAAUUUGCCAUCUCCGUCUUUGGUCUCCGGGUCGGGAUCCAGCGACGGUACUCCAGAGGAUCCGGAUAUGAUUAACAAUGUCGACUAUAAUUCUGGUAUUAAUAAAUGCCCGCCAAAAGUGUCAUGUAAUCUUAAUAAUGAGCUGGGAGCAACGUGGUCUAGUUCGCUUAAUAAUAUUGCGAGCAUUGGGUCAACAAGUCAAGGUACUUGUUGCGUUUUACGACCUAAUAUUAAUGGCAGUAGAGAAACUGCCGGUCCAAGUGGAUUAUCUAGGCGCGAACAAAAUGAUAGAAGAGACUCCAGUUCAGAAAAUGAAGGUGAUGAUUUUUCUGACGAUGAAGAUUAUUGUAUAUACACAUAUAAAGGUAACGAUGAAGCUGAAGUAGACGAGAGACAUCGUAAUGGACUCGCAGAGAAUCAAGAAGCUGCUGGACAACAACUGAGUGGUAGGUCGAGCCCAGAAAUGGAUUUUCUGGAGAUGGAUUUCGAUCCUGGACCUUCGUGUGAGCAGGACACUGGAGAUAGCGAUCUAGCGUCUAUUAAUGAAGACAUCCAGAAUAUUGCGCUGGACAACGCGGAGGCUGAUUCAGUGUUUCUGAAUGACUUAAGCGGUGGAAAAGUUCAGAGGCCAGAGUCUCUACCUCAAGCUCAGAAUGAGCAAAAUGUCAGCGUCGAGUUGGAAAUUCCGGACAGUGUGUCUUUGGAUGGCCCGUCUACUAGCGGUUUGAAUCAUAAUCCAGUUGCGCAAUGCUUACCUAGUACCAGUUCUGGCAUAAGAAAAGUCGGAGCUAGCUUAUAUAAUCACGGUGGAAUUCCAACAAGAGAGUCACAUGGUUAUCACAACACAAGCGGGGAUUUAAUUUCUCCUGGUGAUAAUAGAGAUGCUGAUUCUGAAUUGUGGGCUGACGCUGCAGCUAUUCCAUUGCCGGAAAAUUCAACAGUUAAUGGGUUAAAGGUCAACUUGAGUUCCACUCUGUGGCACAGAAUGAUGGCUAAAAAACUUAUGCUGCACAAACAGACGGCAUUUAAUCAGAGUGGAGAGUCCAAUUUGGAAAAUGACCUGUGUAAUGAUAAAUUGGAUGAUUUGCAACCGGUUGAAAGAGUAAUGCUCUGGAGCGAACAAGAAGCGGCUGCUAAACAAGUUACGCAGAUCGGAACCUCUGCAUGCGGUGCCACGUCUGCUAUUAAUGCUCUUCUUGCAUUAGAUGUGCCAUUUUCACCAGAAGUAUUGGUAAAAAGCGUAGCGACAAGACUCCGUGAACCAGGAACUCCCUUGCCGAGAUAUCUGCUGAGUCGAUCAAGAGCGGGAGCGACUCAUAAAGACAUUAUUCGGGGUAUUUCUCUGGCAAGUAGCGGCGCAGUGAUAACAAAGUUUUUUGCCUUUUAUCCAGAACGAGCGAUAUCGCUUUCACACUGGCUUCAUUACUGGAUUUCACGAGGCGCGGUUCCAAUCGCAACAUUGAAUCUUCAAAACUGUAGUAAAGAAUCUAAAAUACCAGACGCUUGGCACCAUCAGAUGAUUUUUGGAGUCAGCCAAGCUGGUAUAUACUUUACAAAUCCUCUUGAAUGUCUUCCUGAACAACUUGUUUGGCAUCAGUUAGUGAGUCCAAGUGUCUUAUUGGUUCGUCGAGAUGAUGUUUUAGCUCACUGGAACUCUUCGACAGAUAUGACACCACUUAUAAAUAUGGACCAUCGUUGGCGAAGGCUUAAUGUUCUUGGUCAAGUAGUGAAUAUAAUUCGCGAAUCUCUAGGCCAGAGACCGCAACCAACAACAGGGACAUUUAGCGCAACGCAUAUCCGUAUUCCUGCGUCUUAUCAGUCAGGUAUUACACUAGUGAUGCGAUCAGAUGCAGCUGCAGCCGAAGAAUUGCUUCAAGCUGAGGAAUUACCAUUACUCUAGUCUCAUUAUCAUAUCCAUCAUUACUAAAGAGAAUAAAAUGAUAAUGACAAGAAGCUACAAAAUUAAAAAAAUAAAUACAUUAAGAAAAAAAAAAA